AUGAACGCACUUAUUAUUUGGCUAUUUUUUGUAGUUUGCAACACUGCUGCCGCCCUGACGCACAAUGUUCGCAGCACAGCAGCGCUUUCCCCUUUCGCCUUCGCUCCCCCGCAGCCCCCAACGCCCCCCCAGCCGCCGCAGCCGCCGCAGCCGUACGAACGGCCCGAAGCGACGGCUGAAGAGAAAGCAGAAAUUCAAAAAGAGCUGCUGCAGCAGGUUGAAGAGGCUCAGGGAGAAGUAGAGGAGGCGCUGGGAGGCAAGCCGGCCAUCGAGCAGCCGGAGGAGGAAAAAGAAGAAAAGGCGCGAUCCAAGGGGAACUUCCUCACGAAGAUCAUCGAAGAAGCCUCCAAAAUAUUUGCCGUGCUUAAUAUUUGGUAUAAAUACGAAAAACAGAUGCCCGCGCCGCCCGAGACCACUGCCGUCGCCGGUCUGACCACUGGUCCUCCCCCCGUUUCGGAGUCCGCGGCGUUUCAGAAACAAGUCCUUCAAGACCUCCAAAAAAAAUCUGAAAGCCAGCCCCUAACGAAGCAAGACAUCCGGGAGCUUGAGAAGCCCGCGCCCCGCGGCGGCGAGUGCAUGCAAGACUAUUCCGUGGGGUGUCCACUGGACUUUGAGCAGCAGGGGUCGAGCUGCGUGGCAACAGCAGCUUACGGGGGCCCGUGUGGGGCGCAGCAGCCGGAGCUGCAGCAGCUCAGCAGCAGCUCGAAAGCUGCCUGGGCUGCUGCAUGCAAAGCCCGCUACCCCUGCAUGCCUCAGCAGUGUCCUGGGGGCGCAGACUAUUCGGAAGCCUGUCCUUUGGGGUGGCGGCUGCGCGCUGCGGACGGCCGCUGCGUGGCUGCUGCUGCUGCUGCUGCUGCUGCUGCAGCAGCAGCCUGCGGCGACGAGCUGCUGCGCGGCGACGCAGACCCCACGGCCAAGGCCCGCUGGGAAACCCUCUGUGGUGUCCAGUGGCCCUGCAAGCAGCAGAUCUGCGUCCCAGACUUCAGCAGCAACUGCCCCGCGGGCUGGGCCGAGGGGCCCCCCGGCUCGGCCCGCUGCAGGGGCCCCCCGGGCUACGGGGGCCCCUGCCCUUUGCUGCUGGACUUGUCGGGCUACAGGGGCCACCCGCAGCUGAAGGCGGCGCUGCAGCAGCGCUGCGGCCUCGCCUGGGCCUGCAGCAGCAGCAGCAGCAGCAGCAGCAGCAGCAGCAGCGGUGGAAGGAAGCGAAACUACAGGGCCCCCUGCCCCCUCGGCUGGCAAGAACUUGAAUUCCAUUUGUGUCGGGGGCCCCCCUCUUUCAUCUCCACAGAAAAUUGUCCUCGAGAGAUUUCUUUAAGAUCUGAAGAAGACCGCCGCGCCUUUGCUGCGCUUUGCAAAGUCCAGUUUCCUUUCCAAGCGCUCCAGACAGAACCGCAUGCGAAUUGGACUUCGGGUUUGUGUGCCCGGUGGGCUGGACGGACUCUGGGGACGGGCAGCUGUGCCGGGCGCCGCAGAACUACAGGGGCGGCUGUGAGUGGCCUAACCACUGCAGCAACUCGAGGUGACCAGUGGUCACCUGCUGCUGCUGCAGGCAGCCAAGAAGUGGCCUUCGGCGCGCUCUCGCAGCAGCAGAAGCUGCAGCAAAUGGCUGCUUGCGACGUCCAGUGGCCCUGCGUUGGAGAGUUCCAAGAAGCAGCAGCAGAACCGGCAGCAGCAGAACCAGUAGCACCACCAGCAGCAGCAGCAAACGUAAGUCGCACACGGCACCGCCGAGCCACGCAGCGAUGGGCUGUACGUACACCCCACAGACACCAGCAGCAGCAGCAGCAGCAGCAGCAGCAGCAAGACGAAGACGAAUGA